AUGACAAGAGUUCACCUGGGAUUUUUGUGUUCCAGGGUGGAACUAACCAGCGUGCCAGGUGGACAGAAUGCAAUGGCACAUCUCAAAAAACGGAAGCUGGAAGCUGAUUCGGUUGUCCCGAAGCCACUGCAGCCGCAACAAUCAUCGCUGCCGCUGAAUGGUAAAAAACCGUUACAUCAAGUUUGUAGUGCCGGUGGUAGUGGUUAUGUUGGUGUGGGUGUAGGUGUUGUUGGUGUUAAUCAACCAAGUGGCCAGAUGCAGCAACAGCAGGACAUGGAAAAUUUUGACGUAGCCACCAAGCGUAGGAGAAAAAUUGUGCAUGAUGAUGUGAGAAAGAAUAUUGACCAAAGUGACAACAAAACUAUGGCGUUACCCCAGAAAAAACGUGUUUUUAGUGCUAACAAUAACUUAGGCAGCCCGGCUAGAAAAUCUAGUAAGAAUUCUGAUGAACCUGAGGACGAUGAAACUUUGAUACGUGAAACGGAAGCUGCAUUGAAAAGUUUGUCGGGUAGUUGGCCUGGGCCUAGUGGCUCGAUGUACCAAAGAGGCAAUCCUGAUGAAGACAAAUACGAGUCGAAUUUCGAAAACUUGUUCGAGGAGAAGAAAGACAAUCCCAAAAUGUCACCCUCUUCUGUGUCAACAUCUUCGAGUAAUAGCGGAGAAACGGGUUGCUCGCUUAAAGAUGUGAUUACGUAUCGCGGGCAACAGGAUCGACGGUUUCAGCAGAAUAAAUUGCAAGACCAUAAGCAGCAGGCACAGUUAAUGAAGAAGAAGGAUGAAAUCUUGAUGAGGAUGGACCCUGAGUGUCAACCGGUGCAGUGUCAGAUGACAGAUCCGAAUAAAAUGCGGUCGUUCUCCAGGUCGACGAUGAUGAAGGACAGGAAUGACAGGAUGGCUGAUCUAAGACAUGGUGAUAAGUAUUCUCGUUAUGACCCACCGGAUUUCAAUGAACUAGUUGAUGAUUCUUCAAAUGAACUGGAGAUCGACAUGUCAGACCCCUUGGCUGAAAAGGAAGACAACGACCGGGAUCGCCCUGAUGACAAGGACAAGGACAGGAUCAAAAGCAACGGACCUCAUCCGAGACAUCAGAUGUACCCAAACUACCAAAGGUACCCGGAUAACAAUUUAAAAUCUUCAUCAUCAUUUUCCGGAUCGUCAGCGUUCCGGCCUCCGAAUUCUGAGCACACGAAGCCUUGCCGUGCCCCAGUACCUGCAUCAGCCGUAUCCAGCCCGCCAAUAGGACCCUAUCCCGCAUCAGCAACAUUCGUGGGCUUUCCUACGCCAAUUCCUGGUCCAGUGAUGCCAGUCCCACAGCCGGUGAUCCCGCCCUCAGUCGACGAUAAGCACUCGGUGUCGCUUCUCCAGUUGAAAUCACCGAAAGAGGAACACCAGCCUCAGCCGGAAGCAGCCCCGAUCGUCGUAAAGCCAACUGGAACGGGAUUGCCGCCUGUUACAUCACCUGACACCAAUUCUUCGAAGCAGUACACUAUUCUUCAACCAGCUGGUCUAGGCUCGCGGGCUGCCACCGCGAUCCAAGACAUCGCUCGUGAAGGUGUCGUCAGUGUCACCGCUGUCACCAGAACCGGUCCAUCAGACGUGAUGAAGAUGGCAGAUAGCAACGGAUUCGACGCCAGCAGACCCGGGAUGUCUAUGUCACCGUCCAGCCUUGCUCGAGGGCAACAAGUGCCCGACACCAGGUUGUACGGGCCAAGGUCACGUGACCGGACUUUACUCGCACCAUCGCAGACUAUUUUGAAAUGCCCAACACCGGGUUGCAAUGGUCGUGGGCACGUCAGCUCCAAUCGCAGCACUCACAGAAGCCUGUCUGGUUGCCCAACAGCGGCGGCCAAUAAGCAAGCAUCCCGCGAUUCCCGUCACAAAUUAUCAGGAGUCCCACCAGAGUUCAUCAACACGAACCUGCUACCGGGAUCGAUGGACGUCAAGGGCUACCCAUUGUACAGCGCAGUGUCCCAAGAAUCAAAGCCUACCGUCAAUUCCCCCAGCUACGACUAUUACAAAGGUCCUGGAAUGCCAAGCAAGCCUCCUAAGACUCCAGAAGACAAUUCAACGCGCACUACAACAAAAGUAAUCCCCAAAUCAGAAGUCUCGCCUCCAACGAGCUGCUGCAACAGUUUACCGGGCAGAAACCCUUCGAAUUCGGAGCUGCUGGUCCCCAAGACCGAGGAAAGCUCUUCUUGUCGAGUGAAUUCGCCGGCUCCGCCUCCUCCGCCAGUAAGGCAGCCGUACGACCCGUAUCUGAAUCAGGACUCGAAUUCCUCGUCGAUGUCCUCGAUGGAAGCCAUGAACUCCCGGCCUAUUGGAGCUACUAUCCAUCAUCCGAGUCAGCAUCCGCCUCACCACGUGCUGCCGAUGCAACCAACUGUGACGUAUCCCAUGUCGAUGGUGGAAGACACGCGGAUGUCCCAUCAAAUGGCUCAGCGGUCACCCUACGAGCCGAUGAUGAGCGGGACAGCGACGUCUACCACCAACGAGGAGCUCUACCAUCAUCGGAACGCAGAACACAGGAGCUACAUGCACCCAGUAAGCAAUGGGAUCACCAGGCCUGUGGUUACGUACUCCAAUGACGUCGGGGCUGCGAGAUACGACAGUGAAGCUGCUGCUGUGCAGCAGCACCAGAUGGCCAUGGCUGCUGCUACAGGAGUAAUGAUCAAAUCCGAAGACGUAAAAUGCGUGACGACGGCCCAGGUCCAGAUGCAGAAAUCUGGACCUCCUACGUCGCCCGGUGGCUCCGUGAUGGAUCUGUCGACCUCCAGUGUGACGUCUACCAGUCCCCAGGCGCCGCCGUACGGCUCCAAUAGCCUCAGUCCGCAGUAUGGAGGAGGGCAGACCGUCGGGGGCAGCCCUCAGGCAGCCGCCAGUCCUCACCUCACAUCCAGUCCCCAGGUUCCGAGCCCCCAGGGACAGACUCUGGAUCUCAGCGUGAAUCGUCUUCACAGCGGAGCUCCUAGUCCUCAAUAUUCGACGGGUCACGGUGAAGCUGUUCCCGUUCCAGUGGGUCCGCCUUUCCCAGCACCACGACCCAUCGAGGAACAGACGGAACCCGUGGAUUUUUCUACGGCUAAUGAACCUGUUAAUUUCAGCGGCGGUCCUGGAAUCAGGCCUGUUGGCUUUCCACCACCCGGAGUCCACGCGGCCGCUUACAGCCGAGAGAGCACUCCUGACAGUGGGGUUUCUCAUUACAUGGAUGCCUACAGAGAUCCCAGUGCAUACGGACCAAUGAGCCCGCACCCAGGCUACGGAAUGACAGCCGUCCAACCAGAGUACCCAGGGAACACGUACACCCCUUACCCAACGGCGGGCUACAACUGCGGAGGGAGCUACCCAGGUGGACCAGUGACCUCCGGAUACCAGAUUCCAGCGGGCUACAGCCCGGCCCCUUGCUACAGCAUGCCUCCUCCUCAACACACCAUCGGAACACUGGACAAGCCCUCGGGCAAGGAUGACGGUUUAUCGGGAUGUCCUAGAGCCGACCGUUCGCAAAUCCAAGCCCACUCCCAAGAACUAAAAUGUCCGACGCCCGGAUGUGACGGGUCAGGACACGUCACAGGAAAUUACAGCUCACAUCGAAGUCUAUCGGGAUGCCCCCGCGCUAAUAAACCUAAGAGCAAGCCUCGAGAUGGACAAGACUCAGAACCUUUAAGUGCAUCGGGUUGUCCAAUAGCGAACCGCAACAAAUUGCGAGUGCUAGAAUCCGGAGGGACGGUCGAGCAACACAAAGCGGCAGUUGCCGCGGCCACUGCGAUGAAGUUUGAGGGUGUAAAUUGCCCAACACCUGGGUGCGACGGAAUCGGGCACAUAAACGGAUCCUUUUCGACCCACAGGUCCCUAUCGGGGUGUCCGAUCGCCGGAAACACCCUUCGGAAGCCCAAGUUCGAAGACAUGACCAGCAUGUACAGCAAAGGAAUCACCGGGGUGGACGCCGGUGGUCCAGCUCAGGGUGGUGCGUUGGGCGCGGGACAGGGAAGCACGAGUGCUAGUGGACCUGCUGGUGGUCAGGGCGAGGACCUCUACACUCUGGAGGCGGAGAUCACCGAGUUACAGAGAGAAAAUGCCCGGGUGGAGUCUCAGGUCAUGCGAUUGCGCUCUGAGGUUAACGCUAUGGAAAACCAUCUGAAGCACGGAGAGAAGGAAACGACGAGCAUCGCCCAAAGGAACAACCAUCUGACGGAUUAUUACCAGUCGCUGCGCGAUAACAUGAUCACCUUCUUGGAGCAUGUCAGGAUACCCAGCGCGCCUGGUGGUCCGCCUGAGAAAAUGGGCCACGAAAAUUUUGACAGUUAUCUCACGAAAUUGCAGACUCUCUGCACACCUGAUGGUUACUGCGCUGAUGAAACCAAUCGACCUACUUAUGAAACUGUCAAAACUGCACUACAAGAUUUUACUAUAUUUUUUGGAAAGUUUUUAAAUAUUUUGUUUAAAAUUUUUUAUGAUAAAAAUUUAUUUAGCUGA